AUGGCCCACUCUCUCGUCUCGCUCACCCGCGCAGCAAGGUCAGCGCGGUCAGCCCUGGCCAGCGCCUCGCUGGCACACCGCUCCUUAUGGCUGGCCCAUCGUUCUCUCAACAUUGCCCGUGGACCAGUAUCAUGUCGCUCAUUAUCAUACACAUCACGUGUAUCAGACCCUACGCAAGCCCAAGCGCGUGCACACGCUGCUGAAGGCGAGGAUACUGGCAUGGUCGACGAGCACCCGGUCACGUUCGAGCAGCUGCGCCCUCAACUUGGCGAGGCGCUCUACAAGGCCCUGACGGUCAAGCCCUUCAAGUUGACCAAACCUUCUCCCGUACAACACGAGGUCUUCAACCUGCUACCCGAGGUCGCGCAAUUAUACGACAAGAAUUCGAACGUCAAACGCGAUUUAUUGGUGAAAGCGAAAACCGGCACUGGCAAAACGAUUGGCUUCCUCGUCCCUGCUAUCCUCAACCGCUUGGCCGCCAUCGAGGCGGUCGAAAAGGCGGCAGACGGCCCGGCGAAUGCGGCUCACAAGGUCAAGCAAUACGUUCGUUCGACCGUCGGCACGCUCGUCAUCAGCCCUACGCGCGAGCUCGCAACGCAAAUCGCUGUAGAGUCGCAGAAGCUUUGCUCGCAUACCGAACUAGAGACCCGUCUAUUCACUGGUGGAACUGCCCGUGGCAUGCAACUGCGCGACUUCCAGCGCGGUCGCCGUGAUAUCGUCGUUGCUACGCCCGGACGCUUGCUGGACCUCCUCACUGCCGAGCCCGACGUCGCUCAGUCCUUCAAGAACUUGAACGUCCUGGUACUCGACGAGGCCGACACAUUGCUCGAGAUGGGUUUCCGCGACGACAUUGAGAGCGUCAUCCGCUUCCUUCCUCCCAGUCCUCAACGUCAAACCUUCAUGUUCUCCGCGACGCUCUCCAAGGCCAUCCAGCAGAUUGCCCGUGCAGCACUGAGCCCGGAGCACCACUACAUCGACGUUGUUCCCGCCGCCGACCACUCGCCCGUACACGCCCACAUCCCGCAAUACGUUACCGUCCUCGAGUCGGCCGACCAGCAGAUUGCCCACGUUAUGCGUCUCAUUGCGCACGAUCAGCUCGCGAACCCCGGCAAAUCCAAGAUCAUUCUCUUCUGCCAGACGACCAAGCAAACGCAGUUGUUCUCCACCAUGAUCAGGGAGCUCAAGACGAACGCCUCUCCUGCCGGCCGCAAUACGUACAUCUACGAGAUCCACUCGGGCAAGGGUCAGACGCAACGCGAUAGGGCUUCAUCUUCAUUCCGCGCGGACUACUCUGGUGCUUCUAUCCUCGUCACGUCGGACGUCUCCGCACGUGGUGUCGACUACCCCGGCGUCACUCGUGUUAUCCAAGUCGGCAUCCCCGCCGGUCCGGAGCAAUACAUCCAUCGUGUUGGACGUACCGGUCGUGCGGGCGCUUCGGGACGUGGCGAUAUCGUUCUCUUGCCCUUCGAGUCCAAGUGGAUUGGCAACUGCCUGAACGACGUACCCAUCAAAUCUUUGUCAGCCGAGCAAUUGGAGAAGGAGACGCUUGAGCUUGCCGCCGAACACGACGCCGACCCUCGCUCGUUCUUCCCUGCUUCGAAUGUCAAGACCAAGCCGCGCAUGGCGUUCCAGCGCGAUGCACCUCGCGAGCCUAUCAGGUCUUACCAGACUCCCGUCAAGCGCGUUGUUGAGAGCGCUGUCGGCGAGGUUGAGAGGCUAUGCGAACAGUUAGACGAGGAGGCUAUCUCUCAGACCCAUGUCGCGCUUUUGGGUUUCUAUGGCUCUCGCGUCGACGAGCUCCGUGUCCCUCGUCGCGACAUUCUCGAUGGAUUGAACGACUGGGCCGUCUCCGGCCUGGGUCUCCCCAACCCGCCGCACAUCUCGGACGCCAUGCUUGCGAAAGUUGGCUUUGCUGAGCGCGGGCCGAAGCCGUCGAGAGGCGGCCACCGCAAGUCAUUCGGUGGCGAGACGCGCAGCUCGUACGGAUUGAAGAGGAGUCAGACGCGCUCUGAGAGGGAGUGGGACGACAAGCCCCGCGAUUUCCGCCGUGGUGGUGAUGGCGAGCGCAAGUUCGGCCGUGGACGCGAGGACGGCGAGCGUAGUUUCCGCCCGCGCGACUUCCGUCGUGAGGGUCGCGAUGGCGAGGAACGCAGGCCGAGGAGCCCGUUCGGCCGUAAUAGGCGCGAGGCUUGA